GAUAUAGUUGAUGCUCUCUAUGGAGAUCGUAAACGUCGCCGCAUGAUCCGGCUCGGGAAAUGGACUCACGCUCACGAAGUUCCCCAGCAUGAGGAUGUCAUUGCAAACUUUAGGAAUAUACCCUACAGCAUUAAUAUCGACGAAGCAUUGGCUCCUCACACUCAACUCCUUACAGAUAUUCUUGAGCAGCCGGAUCCUGUGAAAAUGCGCGACACAGUCCCAGUUCUUGGAUAUCUCGCUGACCUGUCAGAGAAAUCAGGUCGUAGGCACACUACAGUCCCGUAUUGCGGUGAUCUGUCACUCACGGACUGUGCUCAUAUUGCAAACUGGAUUUACCGAAAUGUCCCUGGUGCAGCUGAACGAAUUAUCAAUUGGCUAAACUGUGCUACAUAUGCACAUGCUUGCACUAUCGUAGUUUCGAAGCGCAAGAAAAACUUACUCCAGGAGCCAGCCGAAAAUAUCCUCAUUGAACAAAACGCGAUUCUCCAGGCUGCCUGGCUUGACCUCCAACUCAGCUAUGAUCUGACCUCGAUGGACAUAGACGUUGACUUGGAGUGUCUUGGCAUACUUGAACAGCGGAUGUUCGAGCUCUCGUUGGCUGCAGGAGCUGCAGGAAAUGAACAAUGGGGCAAAGAUGCUGGUGCACACCAAGAGCGAUGGAAUCCCUAUGAGGGCCUCCCUGAGCACUGGAAUCAUGGCGAC